GGCUUUUUCAAAGGCUUUUGAAUCAUCUUAUUGUUUGAUAGUAUUCGAAGCCCCAAACAUUCCUCACUGGACAAAAUGGUUUAAAUCUCCUUGCAAAAUAGUAUUCGUGCAAAAUAACGUUCAGUCGUUGCUAUUUUUACGGUAGAUUGUGAACCAGGCCUAAGGGGCACUCCACCCUUUUGUUAUAUGAUACUUGACUGUCGACGUCUUUGUCACAAUAUUCUUUUCCUGGGAGACAAUAAGGCAGUCUGCGAAGUCUGUGGAGGUUCAUUGUCCAAUUUGAAGUCUUAUUAUUCAACAUACACAAUCUUUUCCUGGGAGACUAUAAGGCAGUCUGCGAAGUCUGUGAAGUCUUAUUAUUCAACACACAUAAUGAAUAUAAUAAGUCCAACUCAUACUAGGUCUAUUGUCAACCAUGUUUUAAAAGAGGUUACUCGAGACCAACUCACGCCAAAGUUUUCUUAGCAAAAUGAACAAAUAUCAAGAACCCGAGAAAAAAUCCCACCAAGUAUUUUUAGAAGAUUUAUGGAGUCAGAUCGGUGGGUUUGGUCGAUAUCCUAUUUUUGUCAACGUCUUCAUGUGCUAUUUAACUAUGGUGACAAUCUUUCAACACUUCAUUCUUAUUUACUACGGCUCUCCUCCAAAUUAUCAAUGCGUAUCGAAUGAGCUGAAUGUUAGUAGUUCUUGUCGGAUCAACCAGUGUGGAUGUGAAAACUGUACCUACGUGUUUAUGACGGAUGAGUUCUCUAGUGUUGUCUCUGAGUGGAACCUUAUCUGUGACCGUGCGCACUUGGGAGCCAUGACGCAGUCUGUUUACGGUGCAGGGUUUUUCUUUGGUGCUGUUGGAUUUGGUAAAUUCUCUGACCACUUUGGAAGGAAGAAAGCUAUUUUUCUCAGCUUGUUUCUGAUAACUUCGUUCAGUUUGGGCUCCGCCUUCGCCAACAGUCUCAUCCUCUUUGCUGUCAUGCGUUUUGGUGCGGGUCUGGCCAGUGCUGGAUUGAUGACGAUAAGAUUGGUAUACUCUAUGGAAAUAUCGACGCUCAACCACCGUACUGCCAUCGCAAACAUCUCAAAUCUUUCCUUGAAUUUUGGGGCUGUUCUAUUGACGUUGGGGGCUUACCUGAUACAUGAUUGGCGCUAUUUGAUGCUGGCUAUCUCUCUGCCUGGCGUACCUCUAUUCCUGUUAUGGAAGUGGAUUCCAGAAUCUUUUCCGUGGCUCAUCGCAAAAGGAAGGCUCGAAGAAGCACAGGACGUCUUAGAAAGCUUCGCCUCAGCAAGCGGGGUUAAAGUCGAUUCUAACCAACUGGCCUCGACUAUCAAAGAAAUCAAGAUGGCGGACGCAAGUGCAGCUACCGGGAAGAGUAAAACUGGGAUACUGGAUCUUAUCAAGACCCCUAAAAUGAGAAAACGCACGUUUAUUUUAUGCUGGAAUUGGUUUGUUAAUUCUAUGGUAUUUUAUGGCAUCACUUUGAAUGCUAAAAAUCUUGGUGGAUCGUUUCAUCUCAGCGUAUUUUUCUUGCUUGUUGUUGGCAUUCCCGCUACUCUUUUUGCGUGGCUCCUUUUCAAAAAGUGUGGCCGUCGAUUUUCUUUCUCAGCAUUAAUGAUAUUUGGUGGUCUGGUCUGUUUCAUGGUCUUGGCUGUUCCAAAGAACACAGGUGAAAACCCAGCCAUCAAGGCCCUCGCUGUGAUUGGUGUCUUCUGUUUCAACGCAACAUUUGGUUGCGUAAGCAUCUAUACAUCUGAACUGAACCCAACUCUACUCAGGAAUUUUGCCCUUGGAGUUGGGUCAACGAUUUCUCGUUUGGGAGGAAUCAUCGCCCCGUACCUCGUGUUUCUUAACGACUUCUUACAAAAUCUACCAUUCACAAUCUUUGGAGUCUUGGCUUUAACUGCUGGUACUACAGCUUUGUUUUUACCCGAAACGCUCUACAGUCCCAUGCCCCAGACCGUGGAUCAACUGGAGUCCUGGGACGAGGAUUAUGGAGUUCCUUGCAGAAGGAGGAAUCGUUUGCAAGCAGCAGGAGAGUGCGUGCUGAAAGAAGUGCAGGGAAAGAAAGAAAUCGUUUGAUGUACAACAGACAAGAUGAGUGUCCGGAAUGGUGAAGUUUUUUGGGAAAGAUUACUAAUAUCUUAAUUAAGGGUUAAGUCAAUGCUAUUGUGUCCUUUAGCCAACUGAACAAUAGGACGUUUGUAUGAAUGUUUCAGUCGUAUCAUGGAAAGAAAAUAUACGAAAUAGAAAGGAAUAGAUCAUAAAGUUAAAUUGUCAAAAGAAUA